AGGGGAGAUAACUGUGCACAAACUAAAACUUGUUUUGACAGAUCCCUCAUUGUUGUGUUUUAUAUAGGAAAAGUACAAUACAAUCGUACAACAGAAGACAAUGGAUGGGAUGAUGGCACCAUCAAUGCUUUCUUCAUUAUGUGAUAUGAUGAGACCUCCAGAUGAGGAAUCAGAUAGUGAUGAAGACAAGCCCGUUUCAUCUAUAGCACAGCUGACACCUGGAAGUAUCGGGCCUGCUAAAAAGAACAAUUCAUCGGGUCAAAACAAUACAGCUAAGAAGGACACAAAAGACAUAUGGGAUGCAGAAGAGGUGCAAGAAGGAGCAGAGUUUGAGUCCAUAUAUGACCCUCGUCCUCAGCCUGAGUAUGACAUUGUCUACAAGCAGGCUGUUACUUCAGAAGAUAUGUUUCUACAGAUGGGCAACAAAACACCAUCCACAGCUUCGUGCGAAGAAAUGGUGGUGAAAGUCAAACUUCCAGAUACCAAGCUUGCUGAUGUUACAUUAGAUGUGAAAACCAAAUUUUUGGAUUGUAGAACACCAAAAUAUUUUCUUGGACUCCACUUACCUCAUCCAGUGGACAGCAAAAGUGGCAAGGCGCAAUGGGACGGCAAGUCAGAGACAUUGAGUGUGACCUUGAAAAUGACACGCGAAUAUGACUUUAUGAACUUCUGAUACGUUUUUGAGAUGAAACUAGGUCUUGAGGCACAGCCAAGUGAUAUUUUGUGUCACCUUUUGGUACUUGAGUUCUUCAAAUGGAGAAUUAGAAGGACAAAGCAAGGCAAACACAAAUGCCUAAAUUCUUCUUUGUUAUCACAAUUGAAUAUUUUUUGAUAGCAAUUUUGAUUUCAGGUUACAAACAAAGCAUAUAUCUUAAUCUUCUUUUUUCUAAUCUGUUCAAUUAAUGUUUAAAAGAAAGAAAAUUAAAAUUAUAGUCAAACCUAAGAAAAGAGGUCAGCCAUUGGAAAUGACCAAAGUGACUGUUGUAGACAGAUGACCGUUGUUUUCAGGAGACCACAUUUUAGAUGGCUGCUAAGCUGGUAGUAUUGCAUAAAAAUAUUUGUAUUGAAUAACACAAAUUAAUAUUUAUAAACGGAUUUAAAUUCAUACCUAUUGUUAAACGAAUUAAUGUAUCCAGAAUAUUUUUGUUUACUCGUGCAUCUCGUUAUGUGAAAUCAGCCAGUUCUUAUUACGUUCAUUGGAAGAUAUUUGUUAAUAUCGGUCGCCACGUGUCAUUGACGUCACGUCCAAACAAGAGUAAUUUUAAGAUCGCUGUUAUAAACCGAUUUUGACUUGAAAAAACAAUCCACUUGCACUUGCCGGAAUUGAAUUGUUUUAAAAAGUGUAAUAACAAGGCUAAGAAUCAGUGAUAAAAGCCUGUCUCGUGGUUCGAACCCGGUACCUCUCGAUACAAAAGCUUACAAGCUACGCUAAACAACGCAGACUUGUAAAUUUGAACGAAAGUUAAAUGCUUAGAAUGUUUCACACGUUUCUGCAAAAUUAUCUAUGAAAAGUGUUACCAACGCUCGAUAUUUUAGUUUCUGAUUAUCAAUAAUAAAAAAUGAAGUGUAAUUUGGCCUGUUUGAAUAUAACGCAUACGUUAUUUUAUGAAUCUUUUCCAUUUUUUCUAAAAAUUGUCAUUUUGACUAUGUGUGAACAAGUCCUUUUAAACAUCGACGACCGACACCGUAUUUUUCUACAAUAUAUAUUUGUAAACAAAUCUUGACUUGCAGAAUGGCUGACCAAAUUGUGAAUUAUCUCCGUGCUAUGUUAAUAUAAUUAACACAAUAUCAUCUGCACUGUACUGUCGGGCCGACUAGCUCAGUUGGUAAAGCGCUUGUCAACAAAUCCUGUUUCGAUCACCGGUCUUUCUACGGCCAUUCUCCCACUACCUCUGAUUCUUGUACUACAGAGAAGAACAGACAGUUUAUUAAAACUUAUGCAAAAGUACAUCGUCUCAAUUCACGAAAUAUAAUACAAAAUAUCGUCAGUAAUUGGCACUAGUAUAUGCAGUUAUUUCUGGUAAUCCAGCUAGCCCGAGAAAAGUGCGAGUUGGUUAACUAAUCGCCUUGAUAUAACUAAAAUACGCAUAAAAACGACGAAAAUACUAACUGAACAGACAAUACAACUCUACUUAUGUAAGCUGAGGGUAUUUAUAGUUGAAAGCGUAAAUUGUUAAUGACGCUAUCUUCAAUAACUCAAAUAUCUUUGGUGAGUUGUUUAAUUGUUUGUAAGUAAAUGUAACAAUGUAUGUGACUUGUAUAUUUUUGUUCUUAUAUUGUGUUCAUUACGUAUAGAAAAAAAAAAAAAAAUUCUACAUGUUUUCCAAUAAAAUAAAUUUAUCAUUUUCAUAUAUAUGUAUAUGUUCAUAACAUGUUGCUGUAUAUUUACACUCUUUUUU